AUGGUCGAGCUCAUACAUCCUCCUGACCCUCAAGGACUCCUACCGCCUCUGCUGGCCUGUCUACCGACGGCGUUCGCCUCGACAAGGCCACCUCCUGCUCUACUACCGCUUUUGUCACCCAUCCUACGGCAACGAGUACAACUCAUAUCGGACCCUCACGAUAACUGGCUUAGACUCUUAUGUUGGGAUCGCACCAAGUCGGAGACGCUGAAAGAACAGGUGGAAAAUGCCACUUUCGAACCUCACCCAGUGUCGGGUGAAAUCGAGGUUGGUGACGUAGAGCCGAUUACAUACAAGCGUGAGGACGAAGAGACAUUACGAGCCCAAAUGCAACUGGCCGAAUGGCCGUUUGCGCCGAUAUUCGUCUGGUGUUCCGGUGGGGAAGAUGCUAGUGGCUGGAAGCUGGCCGAACUGCUUCCUGCACCCAUAAUCGAUGACUCGUGGUCUCCAUCUAUUCAACAGGCGAACGACACAUCAUCAACCAGGAUCGUGAACGAGGCGCUUCGAGCAGCCGACACCGGGCUUGCCGGGCCUGGCUCCAAUCUGUCCGUGCCAAAGAACGACGAGGAUGAUUAUUGGGCACAGUAUGACCAGACUCCGGAUGGCCGGACCCCAGCCAGGAAGUCGUCAGUGCAGCCAGGUGCGGCAGGUCCUUCAGAAGAUGAUUACUACGCGCGAUACGCCAAUGUCCAGCCUGCUAUGGACAACCAUGAUCCGGACGAGGAAAUGCAGAACGGCACCGAGUCUACCCUGAACGGGCACGCCCUGGCACAGAUCCAAAGCGCCAGCGUGCACACUGAACAAACUACCAGCCCACCUCCAUAUCAAGAUCAGGAUCCCAUGGAUACGGGCGAUGCGGAUGAGAAAGAUGUUGAGGUUAGGCAGCCGGUGCCCACCUCACCUUCUUCUAGAGGAGGUUCUGACGCGAUUGCCCGCCUGGAAGACACAGCAGAGAGGUACAACGCGUCUGACAUUGGCAUCCGACAGCAUAUUGGAACCACGAUGAAAAGUUUGUAUCGCCUGGCGAAAAGCACUGGCAUGGAUCGCGAGGAGUUUGACCGACUUGUGAAUCGCGAACUGGAGACGUUGAGCAUCUUGGAUCGCAACGAGUGA